CAAUUCGAGACUUUUCUUUUUGACCGUAAUCUGGUUGCCUUUGUUUCUUUUUGGGCCCUGAACAGGUUGUCGCAUCAUCUGGGCUCGUCCACUACUAUGCUCGUUGCAAAGAAAAGGUCGUUCCAGUCGUCCACGACGCUUAGUAAAGGCACGGUCACGACAUCGCUUGCGGAAUGUCUUCUUGCAAUUCCGAUGUGACUCAGUCCUGUCGCUUCUCUUUUUGAAGUCAACCUUUGCAGGAAAAUCGUGACGACAGUCGUCGAACUACGACUAUAAGAAAGCGUCUAUGUGCAUGGCUGACUCGGGAUUGUGCUGAUGAUCAACUUGCCUCUACUGAUUGCUGACGCUCAUGAAAAUACUCCUUGUCGCCGACCUCAACAAUGUCUCAUCCAUCGACCAACGCAUUCACCAUCGAAGCAAUCACCCAUUACACCCCUCGCGCCAGCCAGCGGAGCCAUACUCGAUUUAGCUUGCGGUACCGGGCUAGUCACCCUGCCCUACGCUGAAGGCGUCGGACCGAACGGCGUAGUCAUCGGCAUCGACGUGACAGAAGGGAUGCUGGACGAGGCCCGUCGCAAAUCCAUCCCCAAUGACGCGGCCAGACCGGAAUGGAUCCAAGCCGACAUCACCAACCUGUCAUCCAUCGGUGCGAUCAAACAAGUCCUGACGGAAAGAGGCGGUUUCGACAUAAUCUCAUGCUGCUCGGCGCUUGUGCUUCUGGAAGAUCCUGCCCGCGCCAUCAAACACUGGGCAUCGUUCCUGAAACCGCGAGGAAAGAUGAUCAUCGACGUCCCCACGGAAGAUCGCACGCUGCAGUACUUGUUUACCAUGCCUUUGCGUAAAGCGCUGAGGCAGGCCUACAAUCAUGACCGCGACUGGGUGAAGGACAUGCACACUCUCGAACAGCUGUACGAAGAUGCGGGUCUAGAAGUCGAAAGCUCGUUCCGCACAAAGAGCUACACGACCGAAAAGGUGUUUGACAAGGACGAGGCGAUGGCCGUGUUUGAGGAGUACUCUACCACAAUGUACAAGUGGAUGCGAAGUGAUCCGGAACUGCUGGAACGAGCGAGGCAGGUUUGGCCACAAUUAUGGAACGAGAGCCUCGAUGAGCAGGAGAAGUUCCGAGAGGGACAUACCCUGUAUGUGACCAUUGGGAGUAGAAGGCAGUAA